AUGGAUUUAAAGCAAAAACUCGAGUAUCAACAAGGAAUUGAGGAUUAUUUAGAAUCAAAUGAUGUCUAUGAGCUCUUUGAGUAUCUACUAAAAGAACUUCUAGUCGACAAGCCAGAAGAUCCCAUUGAUUUUCUCAUUCAUAAACUUGAAAAUCCUCGCCGCCGACGUCUAUUUCUUGUAGGAGGGAUUGGAAACUCUCGUCGUAUGAUAGCUCGAGACUUGGCAUCAAGAUUCAGAGUUGAGGCAGUCAAUGUUUAUGAUCUUCUGAAAAACGAGGUCAAAAAAGCUGGAAAGCACGCAGAAGGAAUCCUUACAGCCUGGCGUUCAGGUAUCUACGUUCCAGAUGACAUAAUUCUUGAAAUUUUAAUGCCAGUUCUCGAAGGCCUAGAAAAGCAAGGCAAGAGUUAUUCUUAUUCAUCAUCAAUAAAAGUACUAGAACUCAGCUAAAUUAUAUACUUCGUUAUAACAAUAGAAAUUUAAAAACCAAAUUGUUUUUUUAAUCUAUCUUAAAAAAUAUACAUACUAAAUGGUUGUCCUAGAACAAGAGUUCAAAGUCUUGCUCUUCAAAGAGCAGGAAUCAUUCCAGACCGAAUUGGAAUUUUAACUACAGAUGAAAACGCUUAUAAAGAAAAAUUCAGACAAAACUUCAUUGAGUCUCAAGAACAAAAACCAUCAGACGAGAGCAUCGCUGAAUUAGCCUCACAAAGAGCAAUAGAAGAGCUCAGCUAUAACUUAAAUGGCGUCAAAGAUGUGUACAAAAACCAAUGGCAUGAAAUUGAGUCUACUGGAACUGUUGAUAAAGUCGCUGAUAAGGUAGCAAGAAUUUUCUUAAUGAAAGGAAGAUCUAAUGCUCCUAGAAGACCACCAAAAGUAAUCCUAUUAGGGCCGCCAGGAUCAGGAAAAUCGACACAAGCUCAAAAUUUAUCUGUUAGAUACGGAUUAACACUGGUAUCAACAAGCCAAUUACUAAGGGAUCAAAUCAAUAGAAAGUCAGAAAUCGGGAAAAAUAUAGCAGCAAUUAUGUCAACUGGAGAUAUGGUACCUGAUUUCAUAAUUACAGAAUUGGUUAGAAAUAGACUGCAGGAAACAGACUGCAAGAUGAAUGGGUGGAUUUUAGAUGGGUUUCCAAAAACUGUGGAGCAGGUAAGGUCGCUUAAAGAGUUCAAAAUUCAACCAUCUCAUGUGUUUUUCUUAGAGAGCUCUGAUGCAUUAAUAUAUGAAAGAAUUGAGCAAAGAAGGCUAGAUCCCGUUACUGGAAAGUACUAUAGUGUUGCAGCACUCCCAGACGAUCAAAAUUUAAGAGAUCGUUUAGUAAUCCUUGAAGAAGACUCUCAUGAAGCAGCCAGAAAAAGACUUCAAAACUAUAAAGAGCAUUCUACAAAGCUGCAUGCAGAAUUUGCUAAAGUUGGGAUGAACAUCAAAGCAGAGUUAGAUGAGAAUUUGAUAUCUGAAAUGAUUGGAGAUGCUAUUGAAAAUUCUAUUCCACAUGAAUUUGACUAA